AUGAAAGCAGUUGUUCUGCUGUGUGCUGUUUGCGUUGCUGCAGUAGCAGGGGGUUUCCUUGGAGGUUCUGUUGCUGAGAAGGCAGAGGACAAGGUAUUUGUGUGCUACUUUGGGUCCUGGGCCAAGUACAGACCUGGACUGGGCAAGUUUGAUGUGGAGAACAUUGACCCCUAUUUGUGCACACACAUAAUUUAUGGGUUUGCUGGACUCAAGGAAAAUCAAAUUGCUGCGUUGGACCCUUACAAUGACCUGGUGGAGGAAUGGGGUCUUGGUGCAUUCAAGAAAUUUGUCAAUCUGAAGAAGUACAAUCCCAAGUUGAAGGCACUGAUUGCAAUUGGAGGCUGGAAUGAAGGGUCACAAAAAUAUUCCAGUAUGGCCGGAAGUCCACAGACCAGAUCCAUGUUUGUUGACAGUGUCCUCAAGUUCCUAGAACACCACAAGUUUGAUGGUCUGGACAUGGACUGGGAGUAUCCAGCUUUCAGAGAAGGAGCACCAGAAGACAAAGAGAACUUCAUCAGUCUGCUGGCGGAACUCAGAGCAGCUUUCCGACCACAUAACUAUUUACUCACUGCUGCAGUGUCUGCUGGAAAAGUGACCAUUGAUGGUGCUUACAAUGUCCCCAGAGUUGCUGAGUGA